AUGCUAUUUUUUGAAAAACCAUUCUGGGAGAACACACGUGUUUUUGGGCAAAUAUCAGAUACUAUGUGUGCAACAAGCCGUGGUGAAAUGUUCAUGUUUCAAGCUCAUCGUGACAAACCAGUUCUGAUUGCACUUGUCUCAGGUGAUUCUGCUAACGCUUUGGAAGAAGCACCUGGUGAUAUUAUUGUUUAUAAAAUCAUGAAUUUUCUUUCUGCUGUUUUUGGUCCAACAUGCCCAAAAGAGCCAACAGACGUAAUUAUAACACGUUGGAGAGCAGAUUGUUUCUCACGUGGCGCUUUUAGCUAUGUUUCAUCAAAUUGCACAUUGGAUGCAUUUGAUAGUUUAGCAGAACCAGUGAAAGAUUCAACUGGUUAUGAUCGAAUUUUUUUUGCUGGUGAACAUACCUGUCGUGAGCAUCCUGGAACGAUUCAUGGUGCCUAUUUAUCGGGUUUACGUGAAGCAGGACGUAUCGCCGAUUGCAUGCUUGGAAUUCGUUAUGCAGCUGAUAGUUUCAUGUGA